AUGGAGCUGGCCCUACCUGCUAUCCUAUUUAUCCUGUUUCCUGGAGCCCUGCUGGGGAGCGAGAACCCCAGCACCUACUCCUACAGCUUGUCCCCUACAACAGACAGCCCUAGCACUCCCCUGGAUUCCGUGUGUGGACGUCCCAGGGCUUCAGGCCGCAUUGUGUCUGGGCAGGAUGCCCAGCCAGGCGAGUGGCCUUGGCAGGUCAGCGUGAGGGAGAAUGGGGAGCACGUGUGUGGGGGCUCCCUGAUUGCUGAAGACUGGGUCUUGACGGCUGCCCACUGCUUCAGCCAGGAGCAGCCCCUGUCUGCCUACACAGUAAUGCUGGGUACCAUCUCCUCCUACCCUACGAUCUAUGAGCCCAAGGAGCUGAGAGCUGUGGCUCAGUGCAUCAAGCCCUCGAGCUAUUCAGAAGAUGAGCACAGCAGCGGGGACAUCGCCCUGGUGCAGCUGGCUUCAUCCGUCUCCUUCAAUGACUACAUCCUUCCAGUCUGCCUCCCGAAACUCGGAGACUCCCUGGGCCCUGGCACCCAGUGUUGGGUCACGGGCUGGGGGAACACUGCCGCAAAUACACGUCUCCCACCACCAUUUACCCUGCAGGAGCUGGAGGUGCCUCUUAUUGAUGCCCAAACCUGCAAUGCCUACUACCAGGAGAACUCUGUUUCCAGCACGGAGCCUGUCAUCUUUGAAGAUAUGCUGUGUGCUGGCUUCGUGGAAGGCGGGAAGGAUGCCUGUAAUGGUGAUUCCGGAGGUCCCCUGGUCUGUGACAUUGCUGGUGUCUGGAUCCAGGCAGGGGUGGUGAGUUGGGGAACCGAUUGUGCCCUUCCCAAGAGACCAGGUGUUUACACCAACGUCAGCGUCUAUACCUCAUGGAUUACGAACACAAUGUGGAACACAGCCUUAGAAGUGAAGAGUUUCUCUCCGAGCCUUGCAGGGACCUCAGUCUCUAACCUAUUGCUGUUUCUGGCAUCCCUGGCUAGUACCUUAUGCUUCCUGGGGCCCUAA